AGAGCUCACUGUUUUGCGGGAGGAGACUGAUAGAAAUUUAAAUCCCCCGGGUUGUGUUUGGCACGCAGACUACUAAAUAACAGUUAUUUUUUCUGUUUUUCUCGCUUUUUAAGAGAGAAAAAAUAAAUCAUCAAUCAAACAAAACAACAAAAGCGUGUUAAACGGAAAAUGUCCGAUCGGUAGGGCGUUGUUUUUUAUUCCCAGGGUUUUUUUUCCUCAGUCCCCGUCUGCAAGGCCAUGGCGGUGGAAGCGCGGCCGGAGCUCGUCGGGAAGCGGUUCCUGUGUGUCAGUGGAGAGGAGCCGCUGGAGCUCGGGGAGAUCGGGCGCUGGGGAUGGAGAGCCGGUGUCAUUCGAGCUGUCAGUCACCGAGAUUACGACAAUCCAGAGCUGGCGGUAUAUGUUGAAUUUGAUGACCUUGAAUGGGACAAGCGUGAGUGGGUGAAAGUAUAUGAAGAUUUCCAGUGUUUUUUAUUAGAGCACCAGCUUGUAUGGGCAAAACAUAGAGAGAUCAACCAUCCUCAGGGAACAAAAACCAAGCAAAUUCAGUGGCCUGCUUUGACGUUUAAACCUGUAGUGGGAAAGACUGUGCUGGGCUCCAUCAUUGCAGUAGAAUUCUUUGCGGAUAGACAGCUUGAUUUCUUGACUGAAGAUGAUAUUCAUCAGCCAUAUCAGGAUGAAGUAGAUAGCUUGAAUCCAGUUCUCAGGGACAAUCCACAGCUUCAUGAAGAGGUUAAAGCCUGGGUUAAAGAACAAAAAGUUCAAGAAAUUUUUAUGCAAGGUCCCUAUUCUUUAAAUGGCUACCGUGUCAGAGUAUAUCGACAAGACUCAGCUACUCAGUGGUUUACUGGUAUCAUCACUCAUCACGAUCUCUUCACCCGCACUAUGAUUGUGAUGAAUGACCAGGUACUAGAACCACAGAAUGUUGAUCCUUCUAUGGUACAGAUGACAUUUCUGGAUGAUGUUGUUUACUCUUUGCUGAAAGGUGAAAAUAUCGGCAUCACUUCAAGGCGAAGAUCACGCUCUAGUCAGAACAACAAUACUGCACAUGGUCAUUAUACACGUGCCCAAGCAAAUAGUCCAAGACCAGCAAUGAAUUCCCCAGGGACAACUACAAAACAGGGACAGCAACCACAGCAACAACAGCAGAUUCAACAGCCACCACAGCUGCUGCUGCAGCAGCAGCUGCAACAGCAGCAGCAGCAGCAGCAGCAGCAGCAACAACAACAACAACAACAACAGCGAAGUUCCCGCACCAAUAAACGUAAAGGAUCUGAUAGUAGUGUACCAGAUGAGGAGAGAUCAAAAGAGGAUAAACUUGAAAGAGGAGAUUUUCCAAAACACAGAAACAAACAAGUUGUAAACAAAAGAAGAAAGAAUGAAGACGAUGAAAAGAAAGCUACUUUAAAAAGACUGAAGGCAGAGAGUAUCUCAGAUUACUCUGAGAACAGUGACUGUGAAAACUCUGCCAAAAUAGUGACAGAUUCUUCUUUUGAGCAAAAUUUAGAAAUUGAGAUAAAAUCCAAGAGUAUUUCACAACCUAGUGAAGAUGAGUCUCAUAUUAGCAAAAGAGCAGAUGAACAGGUUUUAACAGGCAGACAGUCUCCUUGGGAUACAACGAAAGAAGAAACAACUCAAAAAUCUGAAAUACACAUGUCAGUUGACAGUGAGUUGCAGGAGGAAAAAUCUCCACCUCAGCCAACAGAGCCUCCUACUCACUACGAUCAGCACGCCAGUAUGCCAGAUGUCCAGGGAUGCAUUGUAGAAAUAAAAAACACUACGGAGUCUUUACCCAAGGAUCAUUAUGCCAACAGUCCAUCACAGACUCCUACAUCAAAAUGUGUCAUUGAUAUUACUAAGGAAAACAGUUCAAGUAAUGAAUCUCGGGAAACUUCUGAGGCAGUUUCUCUUGUGCACACAUCCAAGAAAUCAGAUGUGUAUUUAUCAGAAUCAAGACAUUUAGUUGUAAAUCCUUUAGUUUCUGAUUUGAGGAAACCAGAUAUCAAACAGCAAUUAAACAAUAAUAUUUCUAGUAAAAUUGAAUUUGUUCAUUCAGAGGUUAUUAGACCGGUUGCUGCAGUUAGUGAUUCAUCUGCUGUAGCUGAAAGUAAAGCUCUGUACUCUUCAGUUAUGUCUUGUACAAACAGAGCCAACUUUGUAGAAGAGGGUAGGAAUUUAAAUAAAUUGAGUCCCACAUCCGAUGCUUUAAAACGGAAGUCAGAGAAUUCUCUUGAAGUAGGAAGGUCUAAAUCUAAUGCAUCUCAAGAUAUAGUGCAGUCAAAACAGAACUUUACUGAUACAUCUAGUUUAAAACAUAAUGGAUCACCUGAGAUUUAUAAACAAAAAUCUAGGUACCAAGAUACCCCAUCUGUUACAAACAGAUCAGCAUUGAAAACUGAGACUGAUAUUCCCAAGUCAAGCUUUAAACCAGUUGCAUCUAGAAUAAACCAGGUGGAAACAACUAAAAGUCCCCUUAUAAUAGACAAAAAUGAACACUUCACUGUUUACAGGGAUCCUGCACUUGUUAGGCCUGAAACAGAGGCUAACCAUAUUACAUAUAUGGCUCAGCAUAUUCAUCCACACCAUGCAUCCUCACAUGCAACAUGUUUAACUGCCAAUAGUCAUCAUGCUUCACAUCUUCUUUCAGGAUCUACGCCUCAAGCCUCAAUGGCUGCUAUUAAUGCACACGCCCUUACUGGUGCUCCACACCAUUCUGUUCAUCACCCUCAUAUUCUUCCAACUGUACUCCCUGGAAUGCCCACAGGUUCUUUAUUGGGUGGACACCCUCGCCUGGAAUCCACUCAUGCUAGUGGCUUAAGCCAUUUAGCUUUAGCUCAUCAUCAUCAGCAUCAGCCGCAACAGUUUUUACAACAACAGUCACCUCAUAUCUUGGGACAGACUCAUGCUUCUUACAAUCAGCUUGGUCUCUACCCAAUCAUUUGGCAGUAUCCAAAUGGAACUCAUUCCUUCCCAGGUCUUAGUUUGCCUUCCUCCAAGUGGGUCCAUCCAGAAAACACAGUCACCUCAGAAGCUGGCAUUAGAAGGAAUACCUCCAGCCCUUGGCUUCAUCAACACACGCCUGUGACCUCAUCUGACAAUCUAGGUUUGUUAAGCCAUAUUCCUGUCAGACCUUCUAGUGCUGAGCCACACCGGCCAGUCAAGCUGAAUACACACUCAAGUCCACCUGUAGACCAUCACAAACAGGAACACGAUAAGAAAACGUUUAUUGAGCCAAUGCGAUCUGCAACUCCAGCACAUUUGAAACCCGAUCAGGAGAACAACAGAAGUCAGUCAGGCAAGGAAAGCCAUCUGCACAGACACUUCUUGGAUACAAUUUCAGGUCACUGCAAACAGCAACUUCAAGAAACAGGGGACAGAAUGAAUAAAUACAAAGAGGAAAACCGCAAAAUUCUUCAGGAAAGCAUUGAAGUAGCCCCUUUUACAGCUAAAAUGAAAUCAAAUGAAGGGGAAAAAGAUACUUAUAAUCGAUUACCCAACAGGUCCAGUCCCAAAAGUCAUAUUGUGAAGCAAAAUAAAGAGGCUGAACGGUCUUCAUCUGAACUUUUUAAAUUUAAACAUUCAGUGCCACAGACUUUGCCACAAAGUAAUUAUUUCACUACCCUUUCAAACAGUGUAGUGAAUGAGCCACCACGAUUAUAUCCAUCCAAGGAAACUUUAAAUUCUUACGUUGAGAAGUUAAGCAGCAGCUCUUCAGCAACAGCUAAUCCUCUAGCUGUUACUUCAUUUAACAGUAAGUCUCUUUCAAAACCGCCUCCCUUGAUUAAACAUCAGCCAGAAGGAGAGGGGUUAGUGGGAAAAAUGACUGAACAGCUUUCUCAGCAAAUGGUCUCACAUUCUCUUAAUGCGUCUGGAAAUGAACGAAGAAGUCCUGCCAUCUCACCAUCAAAUCCUCUUCGAUGUAUGCCAGCUUUGCACAGAGCUCCAGUCUUUCACCCCCCAACACAGCAGACUCUGGAUCGAAAGGAGGGCAGUUAUGGUAGACUUUCUCCACCAACCCUAACACCAAUCCAACCAGUGAGUAUAGCUGGAAAAACCUUUGAAUUGCAGAAACCUCCAACAUUGUUACCAGAGCUCCGGGACGCGGUUUCUAAAAGCAGUACUGUAAUGACUUCAUCAGACAUUCAAAAAGCUGGAGAUGCUCUAAGCCAUGAGAAAGCUGGAUGGCAUUUAGGAAAAAGUAGUGGAAAGCCACAGGCUGCAACAGCAUCUGUGAUUGUCCGACCGCCUACAUGCAUUAAAUAUGAUGACUUGCCAAGACCAAAGGCUGUUUGUAAAGAUCUUGCUGUUGAAGGAUCAUUUACAGGAACAAAUCUGACAGACUGCCUGAAAGUAACAACAGGCCCAGAAUCUGGGAGAGUAAUUUUUCAGAGUACAAGCAUAGAGGAAACUUGUGCUAGGUACAAAAAGAAUUUUCAAGCAAUAUCCCAGGGAACUGUUUCCAGUACUGUUGUAGCAGCUGCAAAUAGCAUAUGCAGUACCAAAACUGAAGUGACCACUUCUGUCACCCCAGUUACUAGUAUUUUAAGUUUAAGAGAGUCUGAAAAGACAGGCUGUGUAUCAUUGACUGUUUCUGGUAGUCCUGAAAUAGAAAGUUCUUUACAGUUAAGUGGAAUGCAGCCCACAGCAGAUAUACAGGAAAAUAAAAUUCAAAGUAUAUCUCCGUGUUCUUUUCAACAAGUUAGUACAGGAAGCACUGCACUGGUGACUUCGGGGCUUACAUAUACAGGAAAUUUUGUCCAUUUAAAAAAACACAAAGCUGCACUGGCUGCAGCUCAUUCAAAAAAUUCGAAUUCAAAUGAAUCUAGUAAUAUUAAAAUUCAUAAUUGUUCUGUAGUAAUUGCACAAGACAGUAGUGGAAUAAGCAACCCAGGAAAUAAAACAGAUUGUUUAACUAAUGGGCAACCUGUCACUUCAAGCCAGACUAACUACCACACAAAACUUAAAAAAGCCUGGCUUACAAGACAUUCAGAAGAAGAUAAAAACACUAAUAAAACAGAGAAGCUGGGGAGCUCUGUGUCAGAGAUUAUAAAGCCAUGCACUGUUAGCUUAAUUGCAUCAACAUCAAGUGAUGUGGAAAAUAGGGAAUUCAAAGGACAAGAAGACAAGCUUGCUCAAGAUGAGAGGAAAACAAGAAGAAGAACCAAACGGCCUUAUGAGUCAGGCUCAGAGACAGAUGACUCAGAUGAAAGUGAAAGCAAAUCGGAGCAAAGGGCAAAACGACAGCCCAAGCCUACAUACAAAAAGAAGCAAAAUGAUAUGCAAAAGAAAAAGGGUGACAGUGAAAGGGAAGAGGAGGACGUUAAGCCAAAUGGUAUUUUCAGAAGUGCAAGAGAGAAAACAAAGCUGAAGUUGGCAAGCAGCAAUGGUAUACCUCGGUCAGUAUUAAAAGACUGGCGUAAAGUGAAGAAGCUGAAACAGACUGGAGAGUCUUUCCUGCAGGAUGAUUCUUGCUCGGAAAUUGGACCUAACCUUCAAAAGUGUAGAGAAUGCAGAAUUGUCCGCAGUAAGAAAGGAGAAGAAACUGCUCACUCCCCUGUUUUCUGCAGGUUCUAUUAUUUUCGCCGCCUUUCAUUUAGCAAGAAUGGAGUAGUCAGGAUAGAUGGCUUUUCUUCUCCAGACCAGUAUGAUGAUGAAGCAAUUAAUCUUUGGGCACCAGGUGAUUAUGAAGACAAUGAUCUUGACUUGGACACUUCCAAAUACAUAUUGGACUACAUUGGAGAUAAAUUUUGUCAACUAGUUAUGUCUGAAAAUACAGCUAUCACAUGGAUUAAAAAAGAUGCCAAAAUAGCCUGGAAAAGAGCUGUAAGGGGAGUACGGGAGAUGUGUGAUGCAUGUGAAGCAACACUGUUUAACAUUCAUUGGGUCUGCCAAAAAUGUGGAUUUGUGGUCUGUUUGGAUUGUUACAAAGCAAAAGAAAGAAAAAGCUCCAAAGACAAAGAACUCUACGCUUGGAUGAAGUGUGUCAAAGGACAGCCUCAUGACCAUAAGCACUUGAUGCCAACACAGAUUAUUCCAGGAAAUGUUUUAACAGAUCUGGUGGAAGCGAUGCAUUCCUUAAAAGAGAAGUAUGGAAUUAAAUGUCAUUGCCCAUGUGCCAGUAAACAAAACUUUCAAGUUGGCAAACUCCCUGCCACAAAUGGAGUUUCACAGGUUUUGAAAAAUGUUCUUAAUCACAGCAAUAAAAUAACAAAAAAUGAAUUUCAGCUUCAGAAUUCAUUGCAAAAAAUAGAAACCAAUGGCGACAGUAGUCCAGGAAGUGACACCGAUAGCAAGCUAUCUCAUCCUGAAUCCCAGUCUCCUUUGCAUUUCCUAGCAGAUUUAGCUGAGCAGAAAGCCAGGGAAGAAAAGAAAGAAAAUAAAGAAUCUCCAGAAAACAAGUAUAUCAAGGAGGAAAGGGAAUUAACAAACAGUUUAGACUCUUUGAGCUGUAAAUCAUCAUCAUUGGUGUCGCACAACAAUGAGCAAGGAUCUACUCUCAGAGAUUUGCUGACUACAACAGCUGGUAAAUUGCGCCUUGGCUCUACAGAUGCUGGAAUUGCAUUUGCUCCUGUUUAUCCUUCAGGGACACAAAUUGGCAAAAGUGGAAGAAGCAUGCCUAAUAUCUUAGAUGACAUUAUUGCUUCAGUAGUUGAAAAUAAAAUUCCUGCCAAUAAAACUGCAAAACUCAAUCUUAAACAAGAACCUAGUGAAGAAACAAAACAUGAAAGGAAAAGAUUCAGCAAAGAUGAAUCAAAUGGAUUAUAUUCUGAGAUACCACAUUCCUGGCUCUGCGAUAAACGUUUGCUUUGGCUUAAGGACCACAGAAAUUCCUAUAACUGGAAACUCUUUAGGGAAUGCUGGAGACAAGGGCAGCCUAUACUAGUAUCAGGAAUACACAAGAAGCUUAACAGCAAUUUAUGGAAAGCAGAUUCAUUUAACCAGGAAUUUGCUGACCAUCAGGGCGAUCUUGUGAAUUGUAAAGAUGGUGUGGCUUGUAAUUCUGGAAUCAAAGAAUUCUGGGAUGGAUUUGAAGAUCUAACUAAACGUCCCAAGGCAAAGGAUGGAGAGGCAAUAGCUUAUCGACUGAAGGACUGGCCUUCUGGGGAAGAGUUUAUGGCUCUUAUGCCUUCCAGAUAUGAUGACUUGAUGAAGAAUCUACCCUUACCAGAGUAUUCCGAUCCAGAUGGAAAGCUUAAUUUGGCUUCUCGCUUGCCAAGUUUUUUUGUACGACCAGAUCUUGGACCAAGACUUUGCUGUGCUUAUGGAGUAGCUGCAUCCAAAGAACAUGACUUUGGAACUGCCAGCCUUCAUUUAGAAGUUUCUGAUAUUUUGAAUAUACUUGUUUAUGUUGGUGUAGCCAAAGGGAAUGGAGUACUUUCUAAAACAGGAGUAUUAAAAAUAUUAGAAGAGGAAGAUUUGGAUGAAAAUAUGAAGAAGAGACUAAAGGAUUCUAGCGAGACUCCAGGGGCAUUGUGGCACAUAUAUGUAAACAAAGAUGCUGAUAAAAUUAAAGAAUUUAUUCUAAAGGUGGCAAAGGAACAAGGGAUUGAAAUCCCUCAUGAAAAUGAUCCAGUCCGAGACCAAAACUGGUAUUUAACUCGAAAGCUAAGACAACGCUUAUUAGAAGAGCAUGGUGUUCGUGGCUGGACCAUAGUGCAGUUCCUUGGAGACUGUAUUCUAGUUCCUGCAGGAGCACUUCACCAGGUGCAGAAUCUUCACAGUUGUGUGCAAGUCAUAAAUGACUUUGUAUCUCCAGAACAUGUGGUUCACUCAUUUCAUUUAACACAGGAACUGCGGUCCUGUAAGGAAGAAAUCAACUACGAAGACAAGCUACAGGUCAAAAACAUAUUUUAUCAUUCUGUGAAAGAUGCUGUAGGAACAUUAAAACGGUGCUGUGAAGAACAAGUAGACGAGGUGCAAGAGACCUCAUGACACACGCUCCCCUUUGGCUGUUCAUGAGACAUUUGUUUUUCUUCAAAUGAUUUAUGCACACAAAUACUAGCAUUGAAAACCUGCCGUGCCAAGCUGACCUUAAUGGUAUUUAUUUGUUACAAACACCGUAGCAGUAUAGUUAAGUGAAUCACAAAAACUGUGAUACAUGUGAGUUGUGGUAAGUGCAAGACUAUGGCUAAUAUAUUUAUAAAUAUUACAGCAUAAUGCUGUGUGUUGUAUUAUACUGUAUGUAAAAAGUUUGUUUAAAUGAAAAAUAACAAAAUGGUGUAUUUAUUUUUGAACAGAAUUUAAGAGUUCUAUGCUAUGUAUGAUCAAAUGUAAAUGUGAAUUGUACAGUUUGCUAUAAACGAUUCUGCUGCAGUUGGCCACAUGGAGACACGUCCAUACCGGGAGGAGUGGCAACGGAUACCAGCUAUUGCCUCUGUGUAAUCCUUGCUGAAACGCACAGCCAUCUUGUCAUAUCUUUUGGAAACUUAACCUGUAUACAGAUUUAAAAACCUGCCAAAUUAUUGUAAACAGUGUAAAAUGAUGUAAAGGAAAAUGACUAGAAUUUACAUACACAAUUAAAACAAUGUAUUAAUAACUAUUCACUGUAUAAUUAAGAGACAUUUACAAAAGCUGUAAUUUAUUUGACAGUUGUCUCAUUUUGUUAAAGUUUGUUAUGAAGUUUUGAAGUUAAAUAACUUCUCAAACGUAUUAUGCUUUGUAAAUAUUAUACAUAUAUACAUUCAAUGAUGUAUUUUUUUAAAACAUGGCUUGCUUCAAUUUGGUAAAAAGUGCAAGUGUUACAUGCUUUGUACAUUGAACUUGAAAGGGGUUUUACAUUUUCCAUUAAAAUGGAUUUAUCAGA